AAAGAGGCUGCAUCCAAACUACAGUCACAAGACCUUACACAUCGUAUUUCUGUUGCAGCGUCUGCCAACUUCCACUACGACAAGUUCUUUGAGAAGAAGAUCGAUGCAAGGAAGAAGGAUCACAGCUACCGGGUGUUUAAGACGGUGAACCGGCGCGCCACGUCCUUCCCCAUGGCAGACGACUACUCUGAGUCGCUCCUCAUCAAGAGAGACGUGUCUGUGUGGUGCAGCAACGACUACCUGGGCAUGAGCCGACACCCCCGCGUCUCCCAGGCCAUCAUGUGUGUGUGGGGCAAGCAGGUCACAGGAAAUGUAGAUGGUUGAUUGAGGAGGAUUAUGGUUUAAGAUGGAUGGAAGUUGACCAGAUGGACAGAGUUCCUAGCCUUAGGCCUGCAGUUAUAACACUUUAUUUAUCUUAGAAAUGUGGAGUUCCACUCGUAGUUUUCCAAAGAAGACAACAAUUUCUUAUCAAAGACCUCUCUUCUCUUUCUUUAGGGAUACAUUACAGAAGCACGGGGCAGGAGCAGGAGGAACACGGAACAUCUCAGGGACCAGUAAGUUCCAUGUGGACCUGGAGUAUGAGCUGGCCGACCUGCAUGGCAAAGACGCUGCGCUGCUCUUCACUUCCUGCUUCGUGGCCAAUGACUCCACGCUAUUCACUCUGGCUAAGAUGCUCCCAGGUACUGAUACUGAUUCUGAAACGACUGACUCAAACCUAGUCGUUUUUCACACACUUCUUCAUUCCAUGUUCUAUAGUAGCUAAAAAAUGACUGACUCUCCAUUUUACAUUCGAUUAAAUGCUAAUGGGCAAAAAAUGAGCUCUAAAUUAUCUGUAUAAAAACAAAAAUGUUUUUCCUGCUCCCAGGUUGUGAGAUCUACUCUGAUGCAGGGAACCAUGCAUCGAUGAUCCAGGGUAUAAGGAACAGCGGGGCCAAGAAGUUCAUCUUCCGCCACAACGACGUCAACAAUUUACGAGAGCUGCUGCAGAAGUCUGACCCUGCCACCCCCAAGAUUGUGGCCUUUGAGACCGUGCACUCCAUGGAUGGUGGGUUUAUGUUUUGUUGCUCUUUUAAAAAAAAAUAGUUUUCCAAUCUGAUUGUGGGAAUCUAAAGGAGGUUGUAUUGUGGUUGUUUUCUAGGCGCUGUGUGUCCUCUGGAUGAGAUGUGUGACGUGUCCCAUGAGUUUGGGGCCAUCACGUUUGUGGACGAGGUACAUGCUGUUGGCUUGUAUGGGGCCAGGGGAGGAGGCAUCGGAGACAGGGACGGCGUAAUGCACAAGAUGGACAUCAUCUCAGGAACUCUCGGUAAGAUGACUUGGGGCUAGCUUAUAAUGAUAAGAUUUAAUUGCUACAGCACCUUUUGUAGUUAAUUGUCUUACACCCCCCCUCCCUCAAAUGAAUAUUGUUAUGAUCAAAUAUUUUACUCACCCAGACCAUCAGAUCAAUUUAAAACAUCUUUACCUGGUUUAUACCUUACCUCGUAUGUUCAUUCUCCCUUCCAGGUAAGGCAUUUGGCUGUGUGGGCGGCUACAUCGCCGGUACCAACGCCCUGGUGGACACGGUGCGCUCCUACGCAGCAGGCUUCAUCUUCACUACCUCCCUGCCCCCCAUGCUGCUGGCCGGGGCCCGGGAGUCCAUCCACACCCUGAAGGGGGAGGAGGGCCGCGUGCUGCGCAGGAAACACCAGAGGAACGUCAAGCUGCUUCGCCAGAUGCUGAUGGACUCAGGCCUGCCCGUGGUCUACUGCCCCAGCCACAUCAUCCCUGUUCGUGUAAGACUGGCCUGUUAAUCAAGUUUUAAACCAUGGAAAUGAGAGAAGGGACAUUCUAUCAACAGUGGCUGUUAUAUUUCAUGCCUGAAGAAAACGUUUUCUAAUUUAUCACCUGAUGAAUAAUCUUUGACCCCUUGUUGCAGGUGGCGGACGCAGCCAAGAACACAGAGGUGUGUGACAUCAUGAUGUCUCGCUACUACAUCUAUGUGCAGGCCAUCAACUACCCCACUGUGGCUCGGGGAGAGGAGGUCCUCCGCAUCGCCCCCACACCACACCACACUCCCCAGAUGAUGCAGUACUUUGUCGGUAAGCACACACCCCAAUGAGUCUUUGUGGUUUUUAGCAUGUAAUAGUUUGGGAUUUUGAUGAUUUUGACUUAUUAAAUUUUGCUAAAAUGGCCUCCAUUUGGUGGGAUAAAUCUGUCGAUGCUGACUGCAUUCAGAACUCAAGUCUGCUAUAGUUUUUACUUGUGUGUUCUUUAUUUUUGAAAAUAAAGUACAACUAAAAUGUGAUCCAUUAAAUGUGAAUGUGUUCCUGUCCACAGAGCGUCUGGUGAAGGCCUGGAAGGAGGUGGGUCUGGAGCUAAAACCUCACUCGUCAGGGGAGUGUAACUUCUGCCAGCAGCCUCUCCACUUUGAGCUGAUGACCGAGAGAGAGAGGUCCUUCUUCACCGGCAUGAGUCACAUGAUAUCAGCCAGAGCCUAA